ACUUCCUCCAGUGCAAGCAGUUUAAAAGCACCAUUUCAGAUCUCUCCUUUUCCAUUACAACCCACAGAACUUUUCUUCAACAUCGUUCUUCUCUUUCGACCACAAUAUCGUAUACAUCAAAACAUGGAUAGCAGCUAUUUCGGAGAACCCAACCUUGGAAAUGAAAGAUCAAGUGCCUCUUCUUCAAGAAAAGGGAAGAAGAACAACUCAGACAAGCCUAAACAACCACAGAGAGGACUUGGUGUUGCUCAAUUGGAGAAAAUCAGAUUACACAGUCAAAUGGCCUGUGGCUAUCACCCUUCUCUCCAUGGCCCUUACCCUUCAACUUUCGCCAACGAAGAUCCAAGAGUGCAAAUACCAUAUUCAUCCGUGCCAUCAUCUUCUUUUUCCUACUCAUCGUCUCCUACAUCAUCAUAUGCAGCUUCCUAUGGAUUCCAACCCAACAUCAUGAUGGGCAUAUCCGAAUAUCAAAAAACAAACAUCAGAUACGGAGAUUCUCAGCAAACUAAUACAGCAAGAUGGGAAACCGCCAACGCCAUCUUUGAGAGCCAGUAUUCUGCUCCAUCCAACGUUACUCGAUCCUUUAUAAACCUAAAUGAUCCGCUAAACGUAGAUACAAGGAAUCUCAGGAAUGGUUCUGUGGGCUCAAGCAGUCAGAACUCCGAAUCCAGUGAUUCUCAAGAACUAGAUUUAGAGCUUAGAUUAUCUCUUUGAACUGCUCCUGAUAAAAGCAGUGGUGUACUCUUAUAUGAUCAAUUGUAAUGCUUUUGUUGACAAAUUAGAAUGGAAAAGCACAAUAUAUCCAA